GUGCACACAUACCUUAUCCACCCGCCGCCUCCUGUCUCCACACUCGGCAGCAGCAUCACGGCAGCGCAUAUCCCCCUCCCAUGCCUCCAUGAUUCGCCACCCCUAAGCCAGCUCCCUAGACCACGGUCGCAGAACAUUAGAGUCGAGAGAGAGGUUGACCACAUCGCCCGUCGCGAUGGCGUUAGCCUGCACAGGCAGGCUAAUCCACCCCGGCAUGGUGUCCAAGAACCCAAGAACGCCACCACCACCGCCGCACUUGCACCUCCACACCCAUAGGCCCGUGGCCAUCACGAUGGCAUCGUCGUCCCAUCAUUUCGCGCUCCACUCCGUCGACGUCUCCAAGGACGACAAGCCGCUGGAGACGCCGCCGCCGCCGCCGACUGCAGAGACCGCUCAGCAAGACGCCGCCGCGCCGUUGCAGCCGGAGGAGGACGACGGCCCGAAGCUGGACCUGCGGCGGUUUGAGGAGAAGUUCGCGGUGCUCAACACGGGGAUCCACGAGUGCCGAUCGUGCGGGUACCGGUACGACCAGGCGGCGGGGGACCCGUCGUACCCGGUGCCGCCGGGCCUGCCGUUCGCGCAGCUGCCCGACGACUGGCGGUGCCCCACGUGCGGCGCCGCGCAGUCCUUCUUCGAGAGCAAGAGCGUCGAGAUCGCCGGGUUCGCGCAGAACCAGCAGUUCGGGCUCGGCGGCAACUCCCUCACCACGGGACAGAAGGGGCUGCUCAUCUACGGCAGCCUCCUCCUCGGCUUCCUCUUCUUCAUCUCCGGCUAUUUCUUGCAAUGAGAACCAUGAUGCAGGCUGCUGCUGCUCCAUGGUAAUAGCCUGCAACGAUGGUCGUCGAUUGAUUCUAGGUGUGAGCUUGCUUGCAUGUUUAAUUGCUAAGUCGAUGUGAAUACACAACUGUAAGCAUCUUCCGUACCAGAGAGAUGGUUAAUUUUGCCGUGAAUGCACUUGGGGUAAAUCUCUGCGAUAAAUGUUAUAGAUUUUGCAAGACCAAUUCAUUUUCUUUUACCAUGGAAAUUAUAGUUUGCGAGGUUGCAAAA